GCCGACGUUUUAUACUGUGUUUAUACUCACAGAAUUACCUAUAUCGCGUGUGCCUGAGCUUUGAUACAUAAAGUAUAAUUAAACGCUUCACAACGUAAUGAAUAUGAGAGUUGUCGGUAGGAAGUAAUAGUCCGCCAUCUUUUUCUGCCAAUAACAAGAAAGAGAGUGGAGCUGUAGUUUAAUUUUAUUGUCUGUUUCCAAUUUAUAAUAAACGUAGACGAUUAUAUUUACCAGGGAUUUGGCUGUAAGAAACAAACAGGGGCCGUUAACCUCGAGGCUUUUAGGAUUAAUAGACUAGCUAUUUGAUUUUGUAACAAUUUUCAUGUUUCCAACAGGUUUAUCUUCCCCUAAUCCCCUACCGCCAGCUCAGGAGGUUAGACCAGCAGCUUCAGAUGGUAAUAACGACAGCAGUAACAAUUCAGCGUCCAAAAAGAGAAAAAUAAACAGCUCCGAGAAGGAAGGCUUUGAUUCAGUUUCUUCAUUUUCCACCAAAAUUUUUAGCAACAUCUCUUCUUCCUCUGGCACUUCCUCUUCGCAUCUCAGUCAGAAGAAGUUGAGGUUCGAGGACUCUGUUGAUUUCAUUGGACUGGAUGUAAAAAUGGCUGAGGAAUCCUCCUCCAGCACGUCGUCUUCAAACAAGACUAAAAACGUUUUCUUGGCUGCUGGUGUAGGGCACCACGCUAACGGACUUACCAAGACUGUUGGUUCCACUACCUUCUCAAAUAACAGCAAACCUGGUGCAGCAAGAAAACUAGUUAUCAAGAACUUCAAAGAAAAGCCGAAAUUGCCAGAGAACUAUACAGACGAGACGUGGCAGAAGUUGAAAGAGGCAGUGGAGGCCAUUCAGAACAGCACCUCAAUCAAGUAUAAUCUCGAAGAACUCUAUCAGGCUGUUGAGAAUCUCUGCUCCCAUAAGAUAUCUGCAAAACUUUAUAAGCAACUGAGGGUGGUGUGUGAAGACCACAUUAAGGCCCAAAUUCAUCAGUUCAGAGAAGAGGCACUAGACAGUGUCCUCUUCUUGAAGAAGAUAGACAAAUGCUGGCAAGAUCACUGCAGACAAAUGAUCAUGAUUAGAAGCAUCUUUUUAUUUUUGGAUCGAACCUAUGUUUUACAAAAUUCAAUGCUGCCAUCUAUCUGGGACAUGGGCCUGGAGUUAUUCAGGUUUUACAUAAUCAGCGACCAGAAGGUGCAGAACAAGACCAUCGACGGGAUCCUGCUGCUCAUCGAGAGGGAGCGGAACGGCGAGGCCAUCGACCGCAGCCUGCUGCGCAGUCUCCUGAGCAUGCUGUCUGACCUGCAGAUUUAUCAGGACUCGUUUGAGCAGCGGUUCCUGGAGGAGACCCACCGUUUGUACGCAGCGGAGGGACAGAGGUUGAUGCAAGAGAGAGAGGUUCCUGAGUAUCUCCAUCAUGUAAACAAGCGCUUGGAAGAAGAAGCUGAUAGGGUGAUCACAUAUUUAGACCAGAGCACACAGAAACCUCUCAUUGCGACUGUGGAAAAGCAGUUGCUAGGUGAACACCUGACGGCCACUCUCCAGAAAGGUUUGAAUCACCUCCUGGAUGAGAAUAGAAUCCAGGACCUGUCUCUGCUGUACCAGCUCUUCAGCAGGGUGCGAGGAGGCGUGCAGGUCCUUCUGCAGCACUGGAUUGAGUACAUCAAGGCCUUCGGAAGCACAAUAGUCAUCAACCCCGAGAAAGACAAAACUAUGGUGCAGGAGCUGCUGGACUUCAAGGAUAAGGUGGAUCACAUCAUUGACAUCUGCUUCCUGAAGAAUGAAAAGUUUGUCAAUGCAAUGAAGGAGGCUUUUGAGACCUUCAUCAACAAAAGGCUGAACAAACCGGCUGAACUCAUCGCCAAACAUGUGGAUUCAAAGUUGAGAGCUGGGAACAAGGAGGCCACAGACGAGGAACUGGAGAAGAUGCUGGACAAAAUCAUGAUCAUAUUCCGGUUCAUUUACGGUAAAGAUGUUUUUGAGGCCUUUUACAAGAAAGAUCUGGCGAAAAGGUUGCUGGUGGGGAAGAGCGCAUCUGUGGAUGCAGAGAAGUCCAUGCUGUCUAAGCUAAAACACGAAUGUGGUGCAGCCUUCACCAGCAAACUGGAAGGUAUGUUCAAGGACAUGGAGCUGUCCAAGGACAUAAUGGUGCAGUUUAAACAGCAUAUGCAAUGUCAGAAUAUCCCUGGCAACAUUGAAUUGACUGUGAACAUUCUGACCAUGGGUUACUGGCCAACCUACGUGCCUAUGGAAGUGCAUUUACCUCCAGAGAUGGUGAAACUACAAGAGAUUUUCAAGAGUUUUUAUCUUGGGAAGCACAGUGGGCGGAAACUGCAGUGGCAGUCGACACUGGGGCACUGUGUCUUGAAAGCUGAAUUUAAAGAGGGGAAAAAAGAGCUGCAAGUGUCCCUGUUCCAGACUUUGGUGCUUCUCAUGUUCAACGAAGGAGAGGAAUUCAGCUUGGAGGAAAUUAAACAGGCAACAGGAAUAGAGGACAGUGAGCUGCGACGGACCUUGCAGUCCCUGGCUUGUGGAAAGGCCAGAGUCCUGUCUAAAAUCCCAAAGAGCAAAGAUGUGGAGGACGGCGACAAAUUCUCAUGCAACGAUGACUUCAGACAUAAGCUCUUCAGGAUAAAGAUCAACCAGAUCCAGAUGAAAGAAACAGUGGAGGAACAGGCCAGCACCACAGAACGUGUCUUCCAGGAUCGGCAGUACCAGAUAGAUGCAGCCAUUGUGCGGAUCAUGAAGAUGAGGAAGACUCUGAGCCACAACUUGCUGGUCUCUGAGGUGUAUAACCAGCUGAAAUUCCCAGUCAAGCCUGCUGACCUAAAGAAGAGAAUAGAGUCACUCAUCGACAGGGACUACAUGGAGCGUGAUAAGGAGAAUCCCAAUCAGUACAACUAUGUGGCAUAAACAGAGGGGGUAGAUUCAUACUGACCAUCAACUGCUUCAAGUACUCUGUCAUCCAGGCUCAAAUGGAUGUUACGAUUACCCUAUUAAACCAAGCAUCCGACAACUGAAUGGAUAUGGCCCUUCCAAAUGAGACUGGGUCAGCUGACUGCUUUCCUGUGGACUGCAUGCCCAUUAAAGAGAAUAUUGUCCAUUUUCAAAGUGCUUACAAGAAGCAAAGGCCAUCCUGAACAAGAGCAAGACAAGUCAAACCUGGCCUUUUAAGGAAAAAACAGUAUUUAUUUUGGAACAUAGAUAUUUGUGAUUUGCUAGCUUAUGGCAUUUUUCUCUUUUUUGUUGUUGGUUUUUUUAAGACUUUUAAAAAAAAUCAGUUUAUCCCAUGCAGUAGAUCUUUGACUUUAAUCAUACCCAUUUAACAAAAAUGGAUGAAAAUGGAAAGUUUUAAUACAUUGGACGUUCAUCUGUUUUGCUUCUCAUUGGAUUAGUGUUAUCAGUGGAAUUUCAUGAAAAAAGGUUUUGUGUAAGUCCCUCUACUACGCUUUUUUUACUGUUUGAAAGGAUAAGAUGAACUUAAAUUAAGUAUCUUCGGCCCAUGAUUCGCAUACACAGAAAAGAUAAUAUGGUUGUUUUUCGGGUUAAGACAUUUUAAUAAUGUGCCAAAAAGACAGCACAUCAUUUGUUUGUAGAAUUUGUUAAUGCUGCUGAACAUUUUCACUUGUAAAUUGUUAUUCAUUCAAAUAUUUGUUUCAGCUCCAGUGCAACUUCUGUUGUCAUUUUGAGUUUUUUUUUUUGUAUAUACAUCUUUUUAUGGAAGGUGGAGAUUGAAAUAGGGAGGAAGACUGCAGGGCCAUCUAACAGUCCAUGUCUUAAAAAUUGGAAUUGUACUGCAAAUUCUGGCUCCUCCUCUUUUGCCCAAGCGCCCUUAAUAGGCUAGAGAUUUAUAUGCUAUCUGAUUCUGUUGUGAUCACAGUUUAAUUAAGGAACUCUACGCAACAGUGUAUGUUAGUGAUGGGCAUGAACAGUUCUGGGAUUGAUGGUGUGUAAAAUUAUGCUGACUUCUGUCCAUGUCUGUAUCAUUCAUAAACUUAUUUUUUGUUACUACAGAUUAAACCAGUUUCCAUGUU